GUUAGUGAUUACAGAAAAACAAUAUAUAAAACAGCAUCAAAAAAAGAACAGCAAAUUCACUAUAAAAAUGGUUCAAUUAAAUCCAUUUAACGUAAUAAUGUUAGUAUACGUAACUUUUUCGGCCCUAAAUCUAUCAACAAGUCCGAUAACAUCUGAAGAACGAGAAAUGGCACAUAAAAUAGAAUCUAUGCUGAAAGAAAUGCGCGAUGAGAGAUACGAAAUGGAAGUAGAAGAAUCUUUAGAUUAUGAAAACGAUAACGAUAUUCCAACAGCAGAGCAAUUCGAACUAGGAGAUGAAGAGGAAGAAGGUGAGCUAUUGGACGCAAAUCCUAAAGUUAUAUGUACUACAGAUGAACGUAUUCCGUAUGAAUAUAAAAAAAAUGCAGUCGAAUUUUGGAAAAGCAGUACAACAAGGCCAAGAACAUUAGAAGGAGUAAAACGAAGAUUUCGGAAAGUAUAUUCAUUACGUCAAUUACGACGAUGGGAAAUUCAAGUGAAUCAAGGUGGCAGUAGAUUCGAAAAAUUAAAACAAAUUUCGGAAUAUACAUUAAAUAAUUUUCAUACAGCUCUUGAAAAUAGAAUUAUUGUUCACGACGCUGAUUUAGCUCGAUGGGCUAUUCGGGCACAGGAAAAUUUAAAUGUACCAGGAUUUACAGCUUCAUCGCGAUGGAUACGAAAAUUUAAAUAA